AAGUCGGGCGGAGACGCCGGAAGUCGGGCCGAGGCCUCCGGGCCCCUGUCGGAAGCGGCUCGCCAGCGCCGCGGUUCUUCGCAGACGCAGCGGCUUUGGGGUUCGGGCUGCGCGGCGGCCACGGGGUGUUCCGAGGCGCUCGCGAACGCGUCUGCGGGCCACAAUGUCGCACCCGUCCCCCCAGGCUAAGCCGUCCAACCCCAGUAACCCCCGAGUCUUCUUGGACGUGGACGUCGGAGGGGAGCGAGUGGGUCGAAUUGUCUUGGAAUUGUUUGCAGAUAUUGUACCCAAAACUGCAGAAAAUUUUCGUGCAUUGUGUACAGGAGAAAAAGGCAUUGGACCCACCACUGGGAAACCUCUACAUUUCAAAGGAUGUCCUUUCCAUCGAAUUAUUAAGAAAUUUAUGAUUCAGGGUGGAGACUUCUCAAAUCAGAAUGGGACAGGUGGAGAAAGUAUUUAUGGUGGAAAAUUUGAAGAUGAAAAUUUCCAUUAUAAGCACGACAAGGAGGGAUUACUGAGCAUGGCGAACGCAGGCCGCAAUACAAACGGCUCUCAGUUCUUCAUCACCAUGGCUCCGACCCCUCACUUGGAUGGCAAACACGUGGUGUUUGGCCAGGUGAUUAAAGGAAUGGGUGUGGCAAGGAUUCUGGAGAACGUGGAGGUGAAAGGUGAAAAACCUGCCAAAUUGUGCGUUACUGCAGAGUGCGGAGAGCUGAAGGGAGGGGACGACUGGGGACUAUUCCCCAAGGAUGGAUCUGGUGACAGUCAUCCAGACUUCCCCGAGGAUGCAGACAUAGAUGUAAAGGAUGUAGAUAAAAUUUUAUUAAUAACGGAAGACUUAAAAAACGUUGGAAAUACUUUUUUCAAAUCCCAGAACUGGGAGAUGGCCAUUAAAAAAUACACAAAAGUUUUAAGGUAUGUGGAAGGCUCGAAGGCUGCUACUGAGAACGCAGGCGGAGCAAAGCUGCAGCCCGUCGCUUUGAGCUGCCUGCUGAAUAUCGGCGCCUGCAAACUGAAGCUGUCCGAUUGGCAGGGAGCAGUCGACAGCUGUUUGGAGGCCCUUGAAAUAGAUCCAGCAAAUACCAAAGCACUGUACCGUAGAGCCCAAGGAUGGCAAGGACUAAAAGAAUACGACCAAGCAUUGGCUGAUCUUAAGAAAGCUCAGGAGAUAGCACCAGAGGAUAAAGCUAUCCAGGCGGAAUUGCGCAAAGUCAAGCAAAAGAUAAAGGCACAGAAAGAUAAAGAGAAGGCAGCUUAUGCAAAAAUGUUUGCUUAAUAAGGAAUUCAGUUUUGCUUAAGUAUGCAUUGAUUGUAUAAAGCGAGUAAGACAAUUGAAGGGUCUUGUCUAGUAUGUGUGAUCCCUAAUGUGUUCCCUCUGAGACUUCAGUUCCCAUUGUUUGCAGUCUAGGAAUACAGGUAGAGAUUCACUCUUAAUAGACCAGUGUUACAAAAUAUGGUGAAGUUGAACUCAUUUUAAAUGGCUCUCUGCAUUACAGAGGAUAAUGGUGUCCACUGUAUUUUAAACUCCUAGACACAUCUUGUUUGAAUAAACAGAUGAAAACUUAA